GCAGAGGUGGAAAAUCUUAAACAGCAAGGAAAUGCAUGUGUUAGGGAGAAAAAAUAUGAGAAUGCAAUGAUUCAUUAUUCACAAGCAAUUAAGCUGGAUCCAAAGAAUUAUUCUCUCUACAGCAACAGAUCCUUUACUUUCUUAAUGUUGGAACGAUAUCGUGACGCCUUGAACGAUGCUCUGAUAACCAUUCGACUAAAGCCUGACUGGUCAAAAGGUUACUUUAGGAAGGGCGAGGUUGAACUGAAACUAUCCUCUUACAAUGAAGCGCUUGAGUCUUAUAACAAAGCUCUAUCCUUGCAACCAAAUGAGCCUAAGAUUUUAGAAGCGAUGAACAAAGCGUCGAAAUCAUUGAUUAAAGACAGAAGAGCUGAUCAACAGAUCCCAUGGCUUGGAGCUGGCGUUGGUAUUAUAUUAGGAGUCACAGUCGUGAUUGCUGACUAUGUUUUUACAAACAAGCCCACUUUAACGCAUCCUCUACUGAUGGCGUUAUUAACGAUGACUAUAGCUAUGAUUGGCUUUGGCAUCGCAAAAGGACUUCGUUAUUUCUUAAAACACCAAAGAAAGUCAGUCCUAAUAGGAGGAGACUUUCCUCACUGCUUGCUAGAAGCCAAUGAAUUUAAUGAUAUUUAUGUAAAAGAAAGUACCGAUACAAAGAAAAAAGAACGGUAAAGUACAAAUGGGGCAAUAAUUCUGCAAAGAAAAAUGAUAGUUUUUUUUUUUAUUGAUAAA